AUGUUCUUCGUGUCAGAACCCAAUCAUACUGAUUCUCUUCUAAUUCUAUUUACUUCUCAUGCCACUAUUUCACUCCUACUUUGCACUCCUUCUUUAGCCUAUUACCCUCUACGCCGGAUCCCAGCGCCUGAUCGAGACUCGGUUGACACGUUGGCUUGGGUUGAAGUCGCGCGCCUCGCGGGCACUCGUCUCUCUUCCUUCUUCAUCCAUCUUCCAUCCUCGAUCUUGCGCUCGUACUCAACCCCUUGAGUCGGGAUCCAGUCCUCCAUACUUCUCAUACUUCGCGCCUUACUAG